AUGGGAUUUUAUGGGAGGAAAUUUACUUGGUCAAAUGGGAGGCAUGGUGAGGCUUUCACCAAAGAAAGGUUGGAUAGAACCUUCUGCAAGAACGCCUGGGCAAGUCUUUUUGUUGACUCGAGAGUCUAUACCCUCCCAUCCCUCAAUUCUGAUCACAAUCCCCUGUGGAUUGCCAUGGACUUGGUGCAACCCUGCUCCCUUAGAUAUCAGAGGCCUUUCAGAUAUGAAGCAUGCUGGACUCUGAAGGAGGAUUGCUUUAAAACAGUGGAGGAAGCCUGGUGUUUACAUAGGGUAGCACCAAACAAACACAUAGCUGAAGGGCUCAAGAAUUGCCAGCAGAAACUGAAUCAGCAGAGUAAACAACAACUAGGCAAUUUUAAAAAAGCAGUCAAUGAACAAUUGGAAUUGCUUUCAAAUCUACAAGACAGGAACACAUGCCAUUUAAAUGAGGAGAUAAAACAAGUACAGCAAAGGGUGGACAGACUUCUAGAAGCUAAAGACCUCAAGUGGAAACAAAGAGCAAAAUAG